AUGGAACCUCCGGCGAGGCAGCAAAUUUUCCGGCAGAAGAAGAUGACAAAACAAUUGACAGGGAAACGGGAUGACACGCCGUUUCAUGCGGCGGUGAGAGCUGCAAAUUUGGAGUUGGUUAAGGAAAUGAUAGCUGAGAAUCUUGGGGAAGCUGCGGAGUUGACUAUGUUUUUGUCGAAACAAAACCAAUCAGGAGAAACUGCUUUGUAUGUUGCUUCAGAGUGCGGUCAUGUUGAUAUAGUGAAGGAGCUGAUUAAGUACUAUGACACUGGUUUGGCUGGUCUCAAAGCAAGAAAUGGGUAUGAUGCUUUUCACAUAGCUGCAAAGCAAGGCGAUUUGGAGAUAGUGAUAGUUCUCAUGGAGGUCAAUCCUGAACUUUAUUUGACCUUUGAUUCGUCAAAUACGACAGCUUUGCACUCUGCUGCCUCACAAGGGCAUGCUGAAGUAGUGAAUUUCCUGUUAGAGAAGUAUAGUAGCCUAGCUUUGAUAGCAAAAAGUAAUGGUAAAACUGCCUUGCAUUCGGUGGCAAGGAAUGGACAUUUGCAGAUUUUGAAAGCCCUUUUGAGUAAAGAACCUAGACUGGCGAAUAAGAUUGAUAAGAAAGGCCAGACGGCUCUCCAUAUGGCAGUUAAAGGACAGAAUGUUGAGCUGGUGGAGGAGCUAAUCAUGACAGAUCCUUCUUUGAUGAACAUGAUCGAUAAUCAAGGCAACUCUGCUUUGCAUAUUGCAGUCCGUAAGGGUAGAGAUCAGAUUGUUAGGAAGUUACUUGACCAAAAGGGAAUUGACAAAACAAUUGUUAACAGAUCCAGAGAAUCUGCCUUUGAUACUGCUGAGAAAACUGGCCACUCAAGAAUUGCCUCCAUCUUAGAAGAGCAUGGAGUCUUGUCGGCCAAAUCCAUGAAGCCUACAACUAACACAGCCAACCGAGAACUAAAGCAAACAGUAAGUGACAUAAAGCAUGAGGUUCACAACCAGCUUGAGACCACACGGCUAACACGAAAACGUGUUCAUGGUAUAGCCAAAAGGCUCAACAAAAUGCACACAGAAGGUCUCAACAACGCAAUUACCUCAACCACAGUUGUGGCAGUCCUUAUUGCCACUGUUGCAUUUGCUGCCAUCUUCCAACUGCCUGGCCAGUUUGCUGACGACCCAAACAACCUCGCCCCUGGACAGUCUGCUGGAGAAGCAAAUAUUGCGUCCAAACCCGAGUUCAUAAUUUUCAUCGUAUUUGACUCAAUUGCUCUCUUUAUAUCAUUGGCUGUAGUAGUUGUUCAAACUUCUAUUGUAGUUAUAGAGAGAAAGGCUAAAAAACAACUAAUGUCCGUGAUCAACAAGCUAAUGUGGCUGGCUUGUGUGCUGAUUUCAGUUGCAUUCCUUGCACUGUCAUAUGUUGUUGUGGGAGAUCAUAAGUGGUUGGCACUUUUUGUAACAGUCGUAGGGACAAUAAUCAUGGUAACAACAAUUGGGACGAUGAGUUAUUGGGUAAUUGUACAGAGAAUUGAGACUUCCAAAUCACGGAGCAUUCGGAGGUCAUCAACAAGUAGGUCGAGAUCAGAGUCAAUGUCACUCAUGGAAGAAUCAGAGAUUUUGGAAAAUGACUACAAGAAACUCUAUGCAAUUUGA